UCACAGAAAGGAAGCCUCAUCCUUGGUCUGGCUCUGGCUCGCUGGGUCAUCGCCGCCGACGUCCCUCCCCAUCCUCGUCCUUUUCACCUCAACAUCCCUCCUUCAAGUCGCCAUGCGCCAGUCUUCCUAACAACAACCCACCAGCCCUCGCCAUGGCUACGCAUACUCCCACCCUCACCCAGGGAGGCGGUGCUGCUGCUCAACCUCCCGACACCCACGACACCCAAGGCGUCUCGUCCCGCCGCUUGAAGAAGCGGGAAAUCGACCGACGAUGCCAGCGUCAAGCUCGAGAACGGACAAAGUCCCGCAUCGCCUACCUCGAAGGGCUCGUGGAGGAUUUCCGACGCCAGGACUCCAGCGGUCAGGUCGCCACCCUGUUGAAGCAAUUGAAAGAGGUGGAAUUGGAGAGAGAUCUGAUGGCCAAGACCUUGAAGGACAUCCAAAAGGCCAUGGACACGCACAAGCCACCCAAACCGAUGGACGAAGAGGUGGAUGACAAGAGUACAGUGUUUAUGGCCAAGAUGGCGUUUGAAGAGGCAAGUGUCGAGCGGAGUUCUAGCACUCCUAGCCGAGACGACGCCCCUCUCCCCUUCCCACCCGAACCUGUCGAUAUACAAUCAGGAACCAGUCCAGCGAGGAACUUCGACCUCGCCACUUUCUCGCCAACACCAAGCCUGCCGUUGCAGUCUCAAGAUCUUCUCUUUGCUCCCGAAGUGGUGCCCUUGCAGUCCGACGGAACCCAUUCUCCCACCCAAGUCAUGGUGCAGGCCAAGGGCGUGACCGAGCCGAACCCGAUGCCGUGCAACUGGAACGACAACUGGGCCGUCCCGCGACGGUCCUGCUCCUGCAACAGCUGCCACGAUCGUGGCCACGGCCGUCGUUCCGUCUGGCGGGGAAACUACUGGCGCUACGCAAACGAAGUGCUGAGCGAGCGUUUCGAUUGGAAUGAAGAAGUGGCCCCGGAAUCCGACGAUCUGUGCGACGACGUCCCAAUCCGUGCAUUGAUCGAGGGCUGGGAUGCCGUUGCAAAGCGAGCCCCCUUGCACCCGUCAUGGAAAAUCCUGCGCCGGAUCGACGAGACCCUGUUCGCCAUGUGCCCCAACACCGAACGGCUCGCCAUCAUGCGAGCAAUGCACACUCUGUUACAAUUCCACACGGCCUCAACCUUUGAUCGCUAUGCACGGCUCCCGCCGUGGUACAUGCGUCGCCCGUCCCAGAAGAUCGCCCAUUCCUACGCAAUCGACUACUUCGCGUGGCCCGGCGUGCGGGAACGUUUCAUCUUCAACGAACACGACUAUUGCGGCAACGAUUUUUGGCAUUUAUUCUGCAAGUCCUUUCGGAUUCUAUGGCCCUAUGAAUUCCGAGACUGCUAUACCCGAGAAAUCGAGACGGGGCUGUACAAGUUCUCCCCGGUGUUUGAUCAGCGACUGACCGACAUCAAGUGUUGGACAAUGGGCCCAGAUAUCUUUCAGAGGUUCCCCGAGCUGUAUAGCGACAUGCCAUCGUUCAACCAUAUCCCUCAGUCCCCAUGUUCGCCAGCAGGCGGCAUGAUGCCUGCUCCGGUGCAGAACCACGCACAGAAGGCGAAGUUACUUCCACCGACCCCGUCGCCGAAUACAACCCAAGCCCAGACGGGCUACGUCAUCGAGGAGGAAGAGGAAGAAGUCAAGCCACCUCCAGCAGGCAGCCAAUUUAUCCCCGUUGAGAACCUGCAUGCGCAUGUUGUUCAGACACCUCAGCAACAGCACCACCAUCUCCACCACCACCAGGAACAGCACCGGCAGCAGUCUCACCAUCAUGGGCCGUCUUUAAAUCCCCAUGCAUACAACCCAGCAGACUUCAACCCGAUCAUGGCGCUCGAUGCUUUCGCGUAUGGUGCGAUUAGUGAGGCGGACUUUGCAUCUGCAUAUCAUGCUGAAUCGAUGGAGGGCUACCCGAACCUGAUUUUCUGAGAGCGGUUGAUGAAUGCUCAGCGCCGCUGCGAGGGGGUUGGUCAGGAGUGGAGAUCGUUUGAAUAUCCUUCACCAUGUACUUGAUGCCUGACAACAUCGAGGAUGGCCACUAAGGGCUGAGACUAACGACGAACAGACGCACAUGUUGGAAUCUCCGAUAAGUGAGUAGUCGGCAUCGAUGUAUGUACUCUGAGCCAGACACGGCAUAAAAUGCUCAAGGUCUUUGAACUUCGCGAGAUGCGGGCCCGCAUAAAAGGUCCAGUGAUUUCAGACAUAUCCGUCAAGCGACAGAUGCGAGGAUCAUCCAUUCUCCUUUCGCUCGCUGACGAUCCAGAAUGCGCGACACCGCCGUAUGAACGCGUCGUUCCAAAAGAAGCCCGUCAAGACGCCCUCGCAUUCUUCCCACGUCGCAGUCCUUUCGGGGAACCUGAGUCUCAACGCGUGCAUGAUCUGCCGCCCCUGAGGGAGUAAGGUAUCGUUUGCGGCGCGCCACGAAUCGACGAGAUUGAACCACACCCAGAGGAGGACGUCUUCUUCCCUCUCCAUCUUGUCGCGCUCCGUCUCCAUCCUCGUGUGCCGAGCACCGCUCUCCCGCGCCACAUCCCCGUCGCGAUCGAGUGGGGAGGGAAACCCUGGAUUGCGAACGGACGCCAUUGUCAGCGGACUUCGUCUGGUUCGUCUCGGCGCGUCCGUCGUCAAUUUCAUUCGGCUCCCGUUAUACACGGCCGUCACGGCCCUCAUGGGCGAGAACGUGUGCAGACAAUACAGCAGCAGGGCCAACACGAUCAUCUUCUCCAGAUUCGGCAUCGUCACCACCGCCGCCUCUCCUGCUGCGUCGUCCGCCCUGCCGCCGUCCUCGCCGGCCAAUCCAGGGUGUACGGCUUCGUCCGGCGCGCCCAAGCACGUGCACGCCUCCCAGAAAUCCCGGAACUUGCGCGGCUUCGUCCGGAACACGUCACUGGGCGUGACGAUCGUGCCGUGCCGCAUCUGCUCGAGGUGCGCCUCCGCCGUGCGGGAGAGGACUUGUAGGACGUCGAGCGCGAGCCGUCGGUGGUGCGCCAGGGCCUGAAACCCGCGCGGCAGCAGGGCGAGUUCCCGUCCCAGCGGCGAGGAGGCGGGGAUCGGAGGGCUCGGGGGAUACACGGGCUGGUACGUGGGGCGGGAUUCCGGGAAGAUGCUGGACCCGGUGUUCAGGGCCCAGAAGGACUCCCACUGCAUCAGCGUGCAGCGCGCGAGGCCGUCGUGGCCGGUCAGGUUCUGGAGGCCCCCCCGCGCGGCGACCAGGGAGGCGAGCGUCCUCUUGUGGAUUUCGUGCGAGGGCAGGUCGUUGAUGGCGCGGGUGACCACGGCAAGGAACAGGACCGUCAUGAUGGUCAUGUCGUCGACGGCGAGGGUUUCGUUGUUGUUGCCUUUGGGUUUCGCCGCAGGUUUGCUAGCGGGGUCAUGGACCUCAUCAUCAUCAUCAUCAUGACUACGCCGAAUCUCGGGCACAAAGUCAAUACCGGGGCUGAUGUCCUUCUUCCUCCUCUUGGCUCUCUCUUCCUCUCUCAUCUCCUUCUGCACCCGUCCCAACCUCCGCCUCAGCCUCACCAUCGCCGUGCCAAUGUGUCUGAGCACAUUCUCGCUCGGCCCCGAGGUGGUGGUGGUGGUGGUGGUGGUGGUGGAGACCGCGCCCGGCGCACGCCUCAGGUGGUCAAUCACGGCCUGCACGCUCGCGACGCCCGUGUACAGGAAGUCCGGGUGGGCGAGCAGCUCGAAGUAGUAGCCCGUGUAGACGUUGGUGACGUCGAAGAUCUUGUAGAUGGG